ACGAUGGUGUCAGGCGCCUGUGUAGGAGUAAAGCAUAUUUACUUUGCAUUCCACGAAGGCCCCUGCAUUGCAGCUGUUUUACAUAUUUGCAUUGUACACGACUUGUAGCAAUUUGAGGUUUGCCUCAGCCAAAACCACUGGGCCUGCGCCGUAGCAAUCCCCUGCCAAAACGCUUCCGGGAGCAGCGCUUGAUCCCAUCCGACCUCCGCUCCGGCGAGCACGGGAAGUUUAGUAAGUUCGCCGUUUCCGCUCCUCCCAGCUGUCCAAUAGGAUAGAGCGGAGCAGCCCCGGAAAUGACGCGAGGGAAAUCUGGCCUCCUUCCGGUUCCGGCUUUGCGAGAGCGCGUAGCGUCGACAUGAAGCUGCUCACCCACAACCUGCUGAGCUCGCAUGUGCGGGGGGUGGGGCCCCGUGGCUUCCCCCUGCGCCUCCAGGCCACCGAGGUCCGCAUCAGCCCUGUGGAGUUCAACCCCGACUUCGUAGCUCGUAUGAUACCCAAAGUGGAGUGGGCGGCGCUUCUGGAGGCUGCCGACACCUUGCAUCUGGUCGAGGUGCCCAAAGAGCCGAUUCAGGGAUAUGAGCAUGACGAGAGAUUUCUGAGAGAGAUGCACCACGUUCUGCUGGAGGUGGAUGUGUUGGAGGGCACCCUGCAGUGCCCAGAGUCGGGACGUCUGUUCCCCAUCAGCCGUGGGAUCCCCAACAUGCUGCUGAGUGAUGAGGAAACUGAGACUUAAAAGCGUGCCAGGCCCGUUUUUCAUUUUGUGAGCGUGUGUAUCUUUGUUUACGUAUAUCCUGCUUGCUACUUCUAUCCUGUGUAUCCCCAACCCUUGGUCCAGUGACACACCAAACACACGGUGUUCUUGAGCUCGGUAUUAUAUUUUUUUUCUCAUUAAAGGUUCAAAACCAAAA